AUGCCUUCUACUACUCUUAAAUGGCUAAGCCUUGUGGCCAUUAUUUGGUUCCAAGCCAUAAAUGGGACAAACACCGAUUUCCCUGCUUACUCUUCCCAGUUGAAGGAGCUUCUUUCUAUUUCCCAAGUGCAUCUCAAUAACCUUUCUUUUGCCUCUGAUGCAGGGAAACUUUUUGGCUGGUUUUCUGGCCUUGCUUCUCUUUACCUACCUCUCUGGCUUGUCCUCGUAAUCGGUUCGAUUCUCGGAUUAAUCGGCUAUGGAGUGCAAUAUCUCUUCAUAACAAACCACAUUGCCUCUCUAUCAUAUUGGCAUGUUUUCUUGCUAACUUUUCUGGCUGGAAAUAGCAUUUGUUGGAUCAACACAGUUUGCUUUGUUGUUGCCAUAAGAAACUUUCAAUCUGAUAGUCAAGUUGCUGUGGGGUUAACAAGCAGUUACCAAGGACUAAGUGCAAAGAUUUAUACCAAUAUUGUUGAAGCUGUUUCUCCACACAAAAAAGCUAGAACCUUUCUCUUCCUGAACUCUCUCAUACCAGUGGUAUUUAGCUUAAUAGCAGCUCCUUUUGUCAGAGAAAUUGAAUCCACAAGUUCCAAGAACACAAGUGUUGGGUUUGCUGUUAUGUUUGUUAUCACAAUUGGCACUGGAAUAUAUGCUGUGAUGAGCAGCUUGCAAUUUGUCACAAGCAAAACUUCCUCACUUGGAAUCCUGAUUGGUCUUGUAGUGUCCCUUCUCUUGCUUCUACUAGUCCCAGUUUCUGUGAAGAUGAAGGAACUAGCAGGGUCAUGUCACAAAAAUUGGGAAAGACUUGGAGUCUACUAUUUUACUAUGGAGGAGGGUACUAAUGGAGAGAGGGUGAAAGAGGGUGAACAUAGAAUAGAAGUUUCAGAGGUUGGUGUUAUGGAGGAAAUUGGAGUGAAAUUAAUGCUCAGAAGAGUAAAUUUCUGGUUAUAUUUCUUUGUCUAUCUUUUUGGAGCAACAAUUGGUUUAGUUUUUCUUAAUAACUUGGGACAAAUAGCUGAAUCCAGGGGUUGCUCUGCCACUUCAUCUUUGGUGUCUCUAUCUUCAUCUUUUGGGUUCUUCGGCCGUCUCAUACCGUCUCUCAUGGAUUACUUAAUUUCAAGACCUGCCUCAAUGGUGGUAGCGAUGGCUCCAAUAUCAAUUGCAUUCUUCUUACUACUCAACAAAACAGACAUUUCUCUAUACACCAGCACUGCAGUGAUUGGCGUGUGCACUGGAGCAAUUACUUCCAUAGCUGUUUCCACAACAACUGAGUUAUUUGGAACCAAACAUUUCUCAGUGAACCAUAAUGUGGUCGUGGCCAACAUCCCCAUUGGUUCUUUUCUAUUUGGCUACUCAGCUGCACUUCUUUACCAUAAGGAAGGGCAUGAACAUGUGAAAUGCCUAGGCAUGAAGUGCUACAAUCACACUUUUCUCAUCUGGGGCUCCGUUAGCUUGCUUGGAACUGUCUUGGCUUUGAUUCUUCAUGCGAGGACUCGCAAAUUUUAUUCACAGAAAUAA